AGAUGCAUGACAGCUGACUGUGGUGGUUGUUUCGCAGUGAUAUUGUUGGAUUUGUUCUAGUUUCGAGCAUAAUACGUAACUUUACGGGAGAUCGGAGUACGCUGUCUAUAUCUAAAUAGUAACCGUGAUGAUGGGCAGGUAGAAAACGUUAGUUUCUGAGCAUAACAAACGGACCCGACUUUACUCUGUGAGUGACCGAUUGUCGCAUCGCGCUAGUCGUGUCCGCCGAUGUUGUGUAAUCGGCUAUCCACCAUGGGUGCAACAAACAUCGGGAAGCCCUACGAUUACAUGUUGAAGUUUUUAGUCGUCGGCGAUAGCGAUGUUGGAAAGGGAGAAAUACUAAGUGGUUUAGAGGACGGGGUGGCAGAUUCGCCCUAUGGCCAAUACACUAAUGGUAUUGAACACAAGACAACAACCAUCUUACUAGACGGCAAGAAAGUCAAGUUACAGUUAUGGGAUGCUUCCGGACAGGGGCGGUUUUGUACGAUAUUUCGUUCUUACUCACGUGGUGCCCAGGGAAUUUUACUAGUCUAUGACAUUACAAAUAAAUGGUCAUUUGAUGGCAUUGAUAGGUGGAUAAAGGAAGUUGAGGAGCAUGCACCAGGUGUUCCGAAAAUUCUUGUUGGUAACCGUCUUCACUUGGCGUUUAAACGACAAGUCAGUACUGAUUUAGCGGAGUCAUAUGCAAUGAAGAAUGAGAUGGAUUUUUUUGAAGUCAGUCCACUCUGUGAUUUCAACAUUGUGGAAUCAUUAACAGAGUUAUCAAGAAAGGUGCUGAAAAGAAAUGGGAUGGAGAGACUAUGGCGUCCAAGUAAAGUGUUGAGCCUACAGGAUCUGUGCUGCCAGGCAAUUGUAAAAUGUACAUGUAUCUACAGUGUUGACAAGUUGCCCUUACCAACACAAUUGCGGUCACGACUUAAAUCUUUCGGAAAUGGACAUCAUCAACAUAGAUACUUACCACACAGAGACAGUAAAUCUAAGCGAUCAAGGACUAUACCUUUAAAUCCAUACGACUCUCCCCCAAUGAACUGUCGUAAGAGCUGCUGCGUGUCAUGA